UCCCCGUCUCCUCUCUUCUCUCCCCUCCUCCCAUUCCGCCAUUAAACGAAGAACCAGUAGCACUACUCUGCUCCUGGAUCCUGACCCCUCUCUUCCAUGCCUGCGGUCGUCCGAGAGCGCGUCGUAGUGCACUGAGGAUCACCACAAGUCUCCAUGCGGCACCGGCAGCCAGGCGAGGAGGACAAGGAGCUGUUCGUGCAGUGGAGACCCUGCGACAAGCAGAGGUCCUAGUCGCCGGCCCGUCCCGUCGGACGAGCAGAUCCGGACGACGAACAUCUUUUAAUCUUGUCGGUGGUUGAUUCGAGUGGGGGAGGGAAGAUGGGCACGCAUGGCGGCGCCGGCAGCGGGAGGACGCGGGUCGGAAGGUACGAGCUGGGGAGGACGCUCGGGGAGGGCACGUUCGCCAAGGUCAAGUUCGCCAGGAACGUCGAGACCGGCGAGAAUGUCGCCAUCAAGAUCCUCGACAAGGAGAAGGUCCUCAAGCACAAGAUGAUCGCGCAGAUAAAGCGCGAGAUCUCCACCAUGAAGCUCAUCAGGCAUCCCAACGUUAUUCGGAUGUACGAGGUGAUGGCCAGCAAGACCAAGAUAUACAUAGUGAUGGAGCUUGUCACCGGUGGCGAACUUUUCGACAAGAUCGCUUCGCGCGGGAGGCUCAAGGAGGACGACGCGAGGAAAUAUUUCCAGCAACUGAUCAACGCUGUUGACUACUGCCAUAGCAGAGGCGUAUAUCACCGAGAUUUGAAGCCUGAAAAUCUUCUCCUUGACGCUAAUGGCACUCUCAAGGUGUCAGACUUUGGACUGAGCGCGCUGUCAAAGCAAGUGCGGGAGGAUGGGCUGCUGCACACCACUUGUGGAACUCCCAAUUAUGUUGCUCCCGAGGUUAUAAAUAACAAAGGUUAUGACGGAGCCAAGGCUGAUCUCUGGUCAUGUGGGGUGAUUCUCUUUGUCCUCAUGGCAGGGUACCUUCCGUUUGAAGAUUCAAACCUCAUGUCACUUUACAAGAAGAUAUACAAAGCUGACUUUACUUGCCCAUCUUGGUUCUCCACGAGCGCAAAAAAGCUCAUCAAGAAGAUACUAGAUCCCAAUCCUAGCACUAGAAUAACUAUUGCUGAGGUUAUAAGCAACGAGUGGUUCAAGAAAGGAUAUCAGCCUCCUAGGUUUGAGACAGCAGACGUUAAUCUGGAUGAUGUCAACUCUAUAUUCAACGAAACCGGGGAUCCAGCACAGCUUGUUGUCGAAAGGCGUGAAGAAAGACCAGCGGUGAUGAAUGCUUUUGAGUUGAUUUCUACCUCACAGGGCCUCAAUCUCGGCACACUCUUUGAGAAGCAAACGGAUUCUGUUAAGCGGGAGACAAGGUUUGCGUCGAGGCUUCCUGCAAAAGAGAUACUGUCUAAAAUUGAAGCAGCAGCAGGACCCAUGGGCUUCAAUGUACAGAAGCGCAACUACAAGCUGAAGUUGCAAGGAGAGAAUCCUGGAAGGAAAGGUCAGCUGGCAAUUGCGACAGAGGUUUUUGAAGUCACACCAUCACUCUACAUGGUUGAAAUCCGCAAGUCUAACGGCGACACCCUGGAAUUCCACAAUUUCUACCAUAGCAUCUCAAAUGGGCUGAAGGAUGUCAUGUGGAAGCCAGAAGGCGGCAUACCCGAAGCCGACGAGAUCCGGCACCGGAGGUCGCCGUCUCGACUCCGACGCGGUCGUACCUCACCUGGCUGCAAGGAACCCGCAUCGGGGCGGACAGCGACAGCCAUGAGGGAGGAGGUCAGGAGCUCGUCGGCGGCGCCCGCCGACCCGCCGCCGCGGUCGGCCUCGCCGCCCGCCACCCCGGUCGCCAGCUCUGCUGGUCCUUCAUCGCCUCCCGCACAAACAAAUGUAGUUACCAUGGAUUGGUUAGGCAGUGAGCAGUUAUCUAAAGUGGGGUCAUCAUCACUGGCUGCUUCACUUCCUGCUCAGCCUUCUCUCAGUACUAAUGCUGUUGGAGCUGCUAUGGAUUUCUCGCAAUCAUCAUGCAGACCAUGGGAGCGAGGAGAUUUACUUCAUCGACUGGCCACAUUUAAGCCCUCAACAUGGGCUUCCAAGCCAAAGGCUGCCAGUUCACUGGCUUGUGCUCAAAGGGGAUGGGUGAACAUUGACAUGGACAAAAUUGAAUGCGACUCAUGUGGCGCACAUCUUAUAUUUACUGCACUGACAUCCUGGUCUCCUGCUGAAGUUGCAAAUGCUGGAGAAGCCUUUGCCGAACAGCUCGAUGCAUCACACCAGAAUGAUUGUCCCUGGAGAGGGAAUAGCUGUGCUGAUAGCCUAGUGCAGCUCCACUUCAGCCCAUCAGCUCUUCUUGGUGGGUUUAAAGAUCGCUGCGAAGGGCUGUUGCAAUUUAUAUCUCUCCCUGUUAUUGCCUCUUCUGCAAUAGAGAGUAUGAAGCUCACUCGGAAUCAUCAGAUUGUGCAUGUGUUAUCCCAAUCAAUUGCGAUUCUGUGUGGGGAGUUGGGUUACAAAACAGACGGCACAGCAGGAAUUGAUGUCAAUCAUCAAGAUGAGACCUGCAGCUACUCUCAAGCGCAGAAGCUUAUUAGCCUUUGUGGAUGGGAACCUAGAUGGCUUCCAAAUGUACAAGAUUGGGAAGAAAACUCAACCCACUCUGCAAAAAUUGCAGCCUCGGCUGAACCAGAUAAAUCUUCCCGCUUUGCUGAGCAACAGCAAAAUUCGUACUCCACAUCAGUCAAAAAAGACAAGGGGAAAGGCAAACUACAUGUGAAAGAUUCUGGAUGCAGUUUGAGAUCACCUUUGCUGGAUUGCAGCUUAUGUGGAGCUACAGUGAGAAUCUGGGAUUUUACAUCUGUGCCACGUCCUGCUCAUCUUAAUCUGGGUAACAUCGAUGCACCUGAUGCAGGGACGAAACCUCUGUUAGCACGUGGAAUUAGUGCUACAAGUGGGAUCAAUGGAUGGGUUGCUGAAGGAGCAGAUAAGAACAAUGUUGAAGGACGUGAUGAAGCAUGUACUGAUGAGGGAAAAUCAAUGUCAAAUGCUCGUGUUGACCUAAAUCUGACAAUGGCAGGGGGGUUGCCACCAACCCAUUCUGGGAUGCUGUCAGUGCUUGGAAAUUUCAAUAACGGAGGAAUGGGAAUAGAUCUGGUGAUCGGUCAACCUUCCGGAAGCGAGGCUGGUGGCUAUGCAGCCUCAUUUGAAUCUCGUGGUCCCAGUUCAAGGAAGCGUAAUAUAGAGGAAGGUGGGAGCACAGCUGAUAAGCCAGUAAACAGGCUUCAGCCUGCUGACAGCAUAGAAGGGACUGUUAUUGACCGUGACGGUGAUGAAGUUGAUGAUGCUGCACAAAAUUCAGAUAUUCGGAGCAAAAGGCAUCGUGGCUUUAAUCUCUUUGAUGUCCACCCACCAUCUUCUUCUGGAGCUGGUCCCAGCAGAAAUUUUAGUCUUGAGCUGGAUAUAGAUGUCAAUAGAAUUCAGCCAUCUAAAGCCGAGGGUCCAUCUGCCCUUCACAACUCAUCUGCUAGAGACUCCAUGAGGGCAUCUUCUGUUAUUGCAAUGAAUAUUAUUCAUGGUGCGGAGGAAAAUUCAAUGGAUAGUGUUCAAUACCAGCCAUGUGAUGGUGAUGAUGUUGAGAAGCCUUCAAGUGCACUCAGGAGUGGUGGAAUGAGUGACACAUUGGAUCUCAACUAUAGCAACCUAGCACAGGAGAGCAGUUUUGUGCAUCCUGCUGCUGACAGUAAUGCAAGAGAUAUAGGAGGGAGCAGUAUGAAUGGAGGGGAAGAAGUCCUCAAUGCAGAUACAGCUCCCAUUUUGGCUAGAGAUCAACUUAGCUUGGGAGUUAGCGGAGGGAGUGUUGGAAUGGGUGCUAGUCAUGAAGCCGAAAUUCAUGGAGUCGAGGUUUCUGAACAUAAAACUGAGAGUGUUGUCGGAGAUGUAGAACCAGUUCCUGAGCUUAUUGAAACCAUGGGGCAGACUGGUGAAUCAGCCCCUGGGCCUGGAAUGAUGGAUGAGUUUGUCCCUGAAGAUGUUGGCCGAGAAGAGCCUCAGGGUGAUAGCCACGAUGUGGUCUCUAGGUUAGUGGGCCAAGUUGACAGUGGUUCAACUAAAGCUGAUUCUGUUGAGAGUGGAGAAAAGAUGAGCCAUGCCAGAGGCCAGGAGAGUAACCUGCAACAUUCUCUUUCUUGCAAUGCCAGAGUUUAUUCUGGCAUCGAUCUAUCUAAAGACGAAGUGACUCAGACUGGCAAAAUGCUGACUAAGGAUGAGUAUGAUCCAGGAAAUGAUCUUGGAGCAAUGAAUGGAGAAAAUGACUAUGGAACAAGUCUUCCAGAAUUUGAUCCAAUUAAGCAUCACAACAGUUGCUGUCCAUGGGUAAAUGGAUAUGUUGCCGCUGCUUGCUCUAUCAAUUCUAGUUCCAUCACAAAUAGCUCAGCAUUUUGUGGCUGGCAGCUUACACUAGAUGCACUUGAGACUGUCCAGUCUCUUGGGCAAGACCAAACUCAAGCCAUGCAGUCAGAUUCUGCAGCGUCACUAUAUAAGGUGGGGAUUAAGUCAAAAGAUGAUCGGGUUGCACCAAGCCACAAGCUGCCAAAAAGGCCAAAACACAGCAAGUGCUAAUCGAAACGCCCCUGGUACAUACAUACAUCUGCUAAACUUGAAUCAAGCUCAAAACUAGUUUUGCCAAUGCAAACCUGAAUGGAUUCGGUUUGCUAUUUGUAAGACUAGGUUUGCCCAACAUGCAAGAAGAGCUCAAAAAGCGCAAGCAGGCGGCAGAAGAGGAAUAAGUUGAGCCUUUUGCUUUUAGCCAUCAUUGUAGAGUGUAGAUGGGUUUGCCUUUUGCCAAGCUGUGUGUUUUCCAUUUAUGUUGUUUAUAUAUGUACUAUUCUGAGAGAUUCAGCGAGUCUAGAAUUAUGUAUCUACCCUAUGUUAUUUCGUCGAGGACUUGUGCAAGUGAACAGCAUUUGGCUCAUUUGACCAUAAUUUAAUUUCUGCUGUUA